AUGAAAGAUCUCAAGAUGCGAACGAUGGAAUCUGGACUUGGUGGCGCAGAUUGUUUAAUGUGCUAUACCCGUCAGACCGAUUGGAAAAAUGCUGAUAAAAUACGGGAUAAAAAUGCAUUUCAAAUAACUCGUACGGCUGAAAAAACGAUGAAGUUGUACGAAGAAAUGACGAAGGGGAGUGGAGAGAUUAAAAAAGCAAGAAAUGACUACGGCGCGCGAGCAGGUCUUACCGCCGAACCAAUAUCUGCUAGUGACCAUCACUACUUGACUUUAACCCAUCAGUAUAUCAAUGGUACUCAUUGGUUUCUCAAUAUCCUUUACAGACUUACAGCGAAUAUUCUCACAUGGGCUGACAAAUUAUUAUAA